AUGGUUCACAAUGGAGGAAAUAAACAGUUGCAAACAGCACAAGAGGCUGUUAAAGCCAAGAUGAAGACAAGGUUCCAGAUCAUAUCUGAAGUGAUUGCAAAGCAAGGAAAGCCAACCCUCCUCAACAGUAUUUACACAGAGCUCUACAUCACAGAGGGGGAGGGUGAGGGGGUCAAUACCGAACACGAGGUGAAACAGAUUGAGACAGCAUCCAGGACACAGACCACACACGACACUGCGAUCAACUGCAAUGACAUCUUUAAACCCUUACCUGGACAAGAAAAACGCAUCAAAAUUGUGCUGACAAAGGGGAUCGCUGGCAUUGGAAAAACAGUCUCUGUGCAGAAGUUCAUUCUGGACUGGGCAGAAGGGAAAGCCAAUCAGGAUGUUCACUUCAUCUUUGCUCUUCCUUUUCGGGAGUUGAAUUUGCUGAAGAUGAAACAAUUCAGUCUAAUGGAGCUUAUUCACUAUUAUCACCCAGAGCUGGACAAGGUCGAAAGCAUUGAACAAGAUGAAAUCAAAGUUCUGUUUAUUUUUGAUGGUCUGGAUGAGUGUCGACUUCCUCUAGAUUUCCAGAACAAUGAGCGCUGGUGUGAUAUAACUGAGUCAACAUCAGUGGACGUGUUGCUGACCAACCUCAUUAAGGGGAAUCUGCUUCCCUCUGCACUCCUCUGGAUCACCACCCGACCAGCAGCAGCCAAUCAGAUCCCUCCUGAGUGCGUACACCAGGUAACAGAGGUGCGAGGGUUUAAUGAUACACAGAAGGAGGAGUACUUCAGGAAAAAAGUCAGUGAUGAGAAAGUGGCCGACAGAAUUAUCUCACACAUUAAGUCAUCCAGGAGUCUCUACAUCAUGUGUCACAUUCCAGUCUUCUGUUGGAUUUCUGCUACUGUUCUGGAGGCAAUGUUAAAUGAAGAAGACAGUGGAGAAAUCCCCAAAACUCUGACUGAAAUGUACACACACUUCCUGCUGCUUCAGACUAAUGUAAAGAAUCAAAAGUAUCAGAUGAGAAAAAAAAAAGCCCCACAAGGUUUGCUGAAGUCGGACAGAGAGAUGAUAAUGAAACUGGGGGAGCUGGCUUUCCAACACCUGGAGGAUGGCAAUCUCAUAUUCUAUGAAGUAGAUCUGAGGAAGGUUGGCAUAGAUGUCAGUGCAGCUUCUGUGUACUCUGGGUUGUGCACAGAAAUAUUUAAAGAGGAGUCAUUUUCAGAGAUGUACCGAGGCAGAGUGUUCAGUUUCAUACACCUGAGCAUCCAGGAGUACCUGGCUGCUCUGUAUGUGUUCGUCUCCUACAGAACCAGCAAGACAAAUCUGCUUGACCAAAGCCCCACUGAGAUGGCAAACAGGCGCUCUGAGGAAACCUCUUUAUUCAACCUGCACAAGAUGGCAGUGGAUCAGGCAUCACAGAGUCAGAGUGGGCACCUAGACCUUUUCCUCCGAUUCCUGCUUGGCCUCUCUCUGGACUCCAAUCAGACUCUCUUACAAGGCCUGACACAGACAGGAAUCAUCACAAUGAGCACCUCAGAGAGCACCAAGAAAACGCUCCAUUACAUUAAGGAAAAGAUCAAGGAGGAUCUCCCCCCAGAGAGGACCAUAAAUCUUUUCCACUGUCUGAAUGAACUGAAUGACCAUACUCUAGUGAAGGAAAUCCAGGGAUUUCUAAGCUCAGGAGGUAUUGAAAGAAGAGAACUCACACCUACACAGCUUUCGGCUCUGGUCUUUGUGUUGCUGAAGUCAGAAGAGGACCUGGAUGAGUUUGACUUCAGAAAGUACAGCAGAUCAGAGGAAGGGCUGUUUCGUAUGCUGCCAGUGGUAAAAUUCUCCAGAAGAGCUCUAAGUAUUUCGACAGAGUUGCAAGACUGUAACCUCACAGAGAAUUGCUGUGAUACGCUGGCCUCAGCUCUCAGCUCAAACCCCUCUCACCUGAGAAAGCUGUACCUGAGUUUUAAUGACCUGAAGGAUUCAGGAGUGGAGCUGCUCUGUGCUGGACUGAGGAAUCCACACUGCAGAUUGGAGAUCCUGGGGUUGCAAUGGUGUAAACUCACAGAGAAUUGCUGUGAUGCGCUGGCCUCAGCUCUCAGCUCAAACCCCUCUCACCUGAGAAAGCUGUACCUGAGUGACAAUGAGCUGCAGGAUUCAGGAGUGGAGCUGCUCUCUGCUGGACUGAGGAAUCCACACUGCAGACUGGAGACCCUGGGGCUUUGGAGAUGUAAACUCACAGAGAAAUGCUGUGAUGCGCUGGCUUCAGCUCUCAGCUCAAACCCCUCUCACCUGAGAAAGCUGCACCUGAGUAACAAUGACCUGCAGGAUUCAGGAGUGGAGCUGCUCUCUGCUGGACUGAGGAAUCCACACUGUAAACUGGAGAUACUGAGUCUGUGGAUGUGUGGCGUCACAGAGACAGGCUGUGCUCACCUGGCCUCGGCUGUGUGUUCAAACCCCUCACACCUGAGAGAGCUGAAUCUCAGAGCAAAUGACUUGCAGGGUUGUAAAGAGAAGCUCUUCUCUGCCAUACAAAAUGAUCCACGAUGCAACUUGAAGGUGUUGGUGUGA